AUGUCGACUCCAAUGCGGCACGGACCCUCGCAGCAGGGCCGGACGCCUUCUCAGCAUCCCCAGGCGGCCCCCACUCCCCAAGCCUCGACACCCUUCUCGAACUCGCAGACCGCUGCUGCUUUCUCCCCCCAUGGGCCACGCUCCUCGCCGCAGCAGUUUAAGAACUCUUCGGUGACGGCAACAUCGGCUACCAUGGCGGCGUCGGUCAACCAGCCCGUCAACUUCGACAGCCCUUCUGCUGCCGCCGCUCUCGGAGCCAUGGGCAUUGGCGACCUCAACCUAGACGGCAUCAGUGUGGGAGGACUAGUCGCCGGCGCAGGACGGAAUGACGAGGAGGAUCGAAAGAAGAGAUUGGAUCUCGUCAUUGACAUGAUACAAUCAAUUGCAAAAGACUCUGCCAGGGUCAGUAACGACGGUCUUGAAAGACUGGCUAAUUACCUUGAGCUCGAGUGCCUCUGGGAACCCGGUCCCAGUGGCGCAGAGAAUGACAGGGUAUUGAUAAUAGCGGGGCGAACGAUGGGUGUGGAAGUUGGCAUUAAAGAUUACAUCGUUCAUGAGGCCUCCUUGACCUUCACAGAGCCGGUCCCGAUCAUAGAGAAACAUGUCUCCAAGGCCUCUGCAAUCCUGCUGAAAGACCUCGCCCUCGCCCCUGGUGAAAGGCCCCUCACGAAGAAGCUAUCACACUUUCGAAUCAAUCUGGAACGCUUAAAUAAGCUCGACAAGCUCAGUGUCCCCCCUACAUUCAAUUGUCACGAAGCUAUUGCGGGCAUGUGGGAGAGCUUGGAGAAAUUGCACAGAUGGGAUGUCGAGAAGCUUCGGGAGGACCCGGCGACGAGUAACAUGUUCGAGGAAAAGCUCCGAGUUCUCGCCCUUUGCAACCGUCAUGGUUGUCCACUGAUGCAUACUCGAGAUCGCAUUGGUCUGAGUCUGGAUUACUGGAAGGCGAGACGAAUGAACAACUCUGCGGCUAUCGAGACAGAAGCUGCCGACGCUCCUCAAACAUGGGGAAUCCUCAUUGAGUGCGCUCCUAUCAACAACUUGGUGUACAACUCCGCCAGGGUCUCGGAGGAGUGGAUCGGACACAAGAUCGAGAAAUCGAAACUCACGGAUGAGGAGAUGAUCUCAACCACUGGCCCCGUUCUGGACUGGCUGGAGCCGUCUAACACUCUGCUGCCACCUUCCCCAGUGGUCAAAGCUGAAGGGGGUCUCGAGCCCAACGCGGGGCUAUCAGCUCCCAAGCCUCCCGACAUCAUCUUCAUGGCGACUUUCGACCCUCCAGUCAUUGUUCCACACGGCGUAGCACAGGAGAUCUACAAGAUCUCUGCCACCAACCCGCCAUUUCAAAGCGUCACUUUCGAUGCCCUGCUGUUCCCAAUCCCACAAGGCUGCUCCUACGAUGCAACCGAACCGAGGGUGAUGCCCUACACACAAUCUGUGCCCCUUUUCCUGCCAGGACAUCGCAAAGAACCUCUGCUCAAAGCGCACAUAAACACGCUCAUAGUCGAUAAGCCCGUCUACGGCCAAACUUUGAGUCAGAUUCCCUUCUCACACCCCAAGGACCUCGUCGCAAUUCUCCCUAUUCUGCGGCAGUAUGCUUUCGUUUCCCUACUGCUGGCCAACAGCUUCAAGCCCCGCAAGGGCCUGCUCACCGCCCCGGAGGCAGACGCCGAGAAUGAGCGGUUACAGUCUACCAGCACCACGGACAACAAAUUUAGCAGAUUCAUGUCCAAGGCAGACGGCAGCAGCAGUUCGAGCCGCUACGCCCCAAACCGGAAUCUAUUUAGAAUAGAUGUCGUCCUCAUGGUACACCCCGUCCCACGUCUCCAACUCGUAUUCCCAUUCGGACCUAGCACAGCCAACAUCUGGCUGGAGAUCCAGCUGGGCGGCAGGGUUCACAUUGUCUCAAAUAACAUCUUCGAGACGGACAGUGCUCGGUCGAAAGCCCAGGCGAUGGGUAUGGCUGCGCCCACACCGCUGGAGCAGUGGGCCGCCAGGCUAGAGCACUGUGAGAAUAUCGGUCAGUGGGUUGAAGCAAUAAAGAUGGCACUGGAAUAA